GGAUGAUAUUCAGCCAUUUAACAAAAACGUGGAGUCACUUUGAACGUUAGAAGGAUUAAAAGCUUGGAAAUUUACUAAUCUUGACAUUGUCAGCUGUCUUCCACAUCCGGUGAGCUCAUCAUAAUAUAUGCUAAUGAUAUCCAGCUAAAGUAGACCUCGACUUCAGCGACACAAUAUGGCGGCUGUCUUCCACAUCCGGUGAGCUCAUCAUAAUAUAUGCUAAUGAUAUCCAGCUAAAGUAGACCUCGACUUCAGCGACACAAUAUGGCGGGUUUUAUUCAUUAUGACCCAGAAAAGUACGAUGAUUUGGACACUUUCCUAGAAAGGUACAAACCAUCUAAAACUAACCCUGGAUACAUGUGGAUCCAUGUCUCAAAGGACAAAUGUGAAAAAAAUGACACAGAAGAUGAUGACGAAGAAGAAAAUGAAGAAGAUAACGUACCGGUGCUGCUGCUAAAAUGUCGAAAGGAAUUUGAAAAGCUGAAACUAUCAAAUCAAGUUACAUAUGAAAAUAUUAAAGAAAUAGCGAGGAAUAAUAAACAUUUGUCUGGAAAGUGGCUUGUGUACCGGGAUAUCCGUAAAAUUGAUGCAGUCUGGAUGACAAUAGCCAAUGCAGUGGUAGCAAACAAACUUGGUCAAGCGGCUAAGGUCAGCUGUCGAGAUAGUGAGACGAGUGACAACGGCAAUCACGUGAUCUGUGUCUACACAAAGGACUUCACUGACGAGGAUGACGUCAUGAGGGUGGAACUGAUGCUACGUCAGCUUGGAGUUACCGGGAGACUGAUGUAUAAACCCGACAUCUACACGACACUGGGGAUAUACGCGAAGAAUGAGUGGCAUUUAAAGGCAACGGUUUACAACUCCCAAGCCUGAAGCACAGCCUGGCAAGAGUAUUGUCUUCCACAAAGACUACUAUUCGUUUUUGAAGUGGUUUAAAUCGACUUGCAGACAUAAUCGGUAGCUUGCCAAGAGUAUUGUCUUCCACAAAGACUACAUGUAUAGUGUAGGAGCCAAGUGAGAUUUAAUUGUUGUGAGAGUUCCAAAAGGUUUGAGGUGGUUGAGGUGUAGAGGGACCGCAACUGACCACAGAAACCCAAUUCAUAAGUCAAUCUAGUGCGGGAGUAAAUAGGGGGAGCUACUGAAAUUACCCCCAAAAUGGGAUUUAAUUGUUGUGAAAGUUCCAUCCAAAAUUCCUUUGCUACUUGUUAGAGGACAUCUCAUUGAGCCCAAAUCCACAACUUAAGAAAAUAUAUUUUGCGGGAAAGGCUACUUAAGAAAGACUCUUAAUUAGUGCUAAUUAGGGAUUUAAUUGUUGUGAAAGUUCCAUCCUUGGAACCAAAUGUAAAAUGUAGAGUAUGCUCACCCGAUUCAGAAUUACCAAUUUAAGAAAAAAAAUAUUGCGGGAAAGUGCACUUAAGAACAGGUCAAAUAUUAAGUAGUUCUAAUUAGGGAUUUAAUUGUUGUGAAUUAAAGUUCCAUCCAAAAUUCCUUUGCUAGUUGGUAGAGGACAUCUCACUGAGCUCAAAACCAGUAACUAAGAAAAAAAUAUUGGACCUAAAUUUAUUUGGCACAACGGUACUGAAAAGUAAACUCAAAACUAUAAAGAUGGCAGAAUUAAAAUGAUAAACGUAACUAAUUACAUUAUAGUACUUAAAAAUGCAUGUAUUCGAUGAAUGAUUAUUAAUAACCUAAAUUUGACUAAUCUCUUUAAAUCCAUUACAGGUAUAUCUAUACUCAAUUUAAUUAUACAUGGCGACUAUUUCAUUACAACGAAUACUAAACACAUUUUGGAGAGAUACGUUACACAGCUGAUUACAGAUACAACAAAAACAACAACCACGUAAUAUAGAUGACAUUUUAGGUAUUAAUAUUUGGUACAACAGUAAAAUAUGUUUAAAUAAAAUAAAAAAGUUUUAUAUAAGAAAUAUCUUAAAACUGGUAUUAUAUUUAUAGGUGAUCUAUUGAAUGAGGAAGGAGACGUCCUAAAAUACGAAGAUUUUAUUGCAAAAUAUCACAUACCUACGAAUUUUUUGCAAUAUGCUUCAUUAAUAAAUGCUACGAAAUCCUUUAUACAUAACUUAAACAACUUAACGGAUGAUAUUUUUAAAUCAUUAAAAUAAAAUAUUUUCCCAUUUAAACUAAGCAUGUUGUUAAACGACAGAAGUGGCUGCAAACAUAUAUACGAUAUACUAAAUACUAGAAUAAUAAUGCCAAAAGCACAAAUAAAAUAUACAAAUGAGGGGUUUAUAUAUAAUAAACAGCAAUGGGAAACGUUUUAUACUCUCCCUUUCCAUAGCGUGAAAGAUACAUGUGUACAUCUUUAGCAUGGUUUCAAUAUAGAAUUUUGCACAGAAUCCUGGCGACUAACAAAUUCUUACGUAUGAUUCAUUAUAUUGAUUCUAAUGCUUGUAGCUUUUGUAGCGAUUAUCCCGAAACACUACUACAAUUAUUUUUUAAGUGUGACAAAGUUCAUAAUUUAUGGAAAGAAGUAAAAUUGUGGAUUCUAUGUAAAACAGGAAACGAAAUCAAUUUCAGCAAAGAUAUUGUCAUAUUUGGUAUAACUAAUAACAAAAACAGUAGUUUCAUAAAUUGGUUAACUAUAAAUAUCAAGUAUAAUAUCUACAGUAUGAAAAUACAGAAAAACAUUAAAUAUAAAUAGCGUUAAAAACUAAAUUUGAUAUCGAAAAAUAAAUUAUUUUUAAAAAUUGUAGCUAUGAAACAUUCUAUAAAAAAUGGAAUCCUUGGCUUGACCAUUUAGCUUGUCUGGAAAUAGAUUUCGUCCAAAGCAAACCUUCUUAAUUGUUUUUCACAAUAUUGCCUUCUUUCAAUGUUUUUUUCAUCUCUUCCAUACACAUGUUUUUUACCCUUGAAGCACUUUUUUUUCUUUCUAUCUUCUUUUACUAUUCUGUUUUGAUUUUAAGUUAAAUUACAUCCUAUAUGUGUGAAAUAAUAAUACAGUAGUAGUAAUGGUAAUGAUGGUAGUGGUGAUGAUGGUAAUAAUAAUGAUAAAUGUACUAUAUUUUAUUGCAAUUUAUCCUUCAAUCUUUCUUUCUUUUUUCUUUCUCUCCUCUUUAUUUCUAUUAUUUCUACCUUCUCUGUUAACCCCAUAAAACAAUGGACUAUGUUUUACAUGUAUCUAUGUCCAUUAUUACUGUUCGAUUAAUGUGCUAUAUAUAUUGCAAAUAAUGACAAACUAUUAAUGAAUUGAUGGAUAAUGUAAUAUGACAUUAAUGAAUGGUAUUCAUGAGAUACAUUCACAUGGAAAUAUGGCCAGUUAUCAUCAGUAAUGGAGCUGCAUUCGUAAUCAAAAAGUUCAACUCCUCUCCCCCCCCCCCGCCAUAUCAAGGUCAGUAUCUGGUGUGUCCACCAUUGGCCCGUGAGCAUACGUGAAGACGACGGGGAAAGGAUUGACACAAACAUCUCAAAUAAGCCACAGGA